AUGAGUUAUAAUAAACGCUAUAUCCCUAUAAAAGCAGUACCAGUUCCAGUACAGUGCACUACCAAAAGAAUCAGGCCAAUUAUUCUCUCUAAAACCUCGAAGAACGCUCCACUACUUAUUCAUAAUGGCUUUUCAUAUAUUAUUGAUAGAAGAAAUGAUGAAAAAAUAUUUUGGAAGUGCGAACAUGCGAGAAAAUAUGCCUGCCAUGGACGAUUACAUACAGAUUUAAGCAAUAUAUUCAUUAAGACUGUUGGUGAUCAUGAAAACCACACUGGAAAUCCACGUUCUGGACCAAUUCGACAGUACUAUGAACGACUACAAGGGGAAUCACAACAGAAUCAAACAAAUCCUCAUAAUAUUUUAACACAAAGAAAUAUCAGUGACCCAGAUGAAGUGCAUAUUCAGCUACCAAGCAAUGAAAAUUUGAAACGAAACAUCCGUCGUUGGCGACAAGAAGAUAACGCUGUAUCCACACCAGCAAACAUCAACUUUCCAAUUAUUCCAAAUAAAUAUCGUCGAACAACACGUGACACAAUAUUUUUCCGUAAAGAUACUGGUCCUGGUUCAAAUCGCUUAUUAAUAUUUUUUACCGACGAGCAACAGAAUAUAAUG